GCCAGCCAGCCAGCCAGCUAGCCUACGACGCCGUCCUCUUCUUCCGUCCUCGUAUUAUCAUUUCCUCCCAUUCCUCCCGUCCGUUCGUCUGUCCAUCUAUUCGUUGGCCUGUCCGUAUCUCCGUCUUUCUUUUCUUCUCACAUACCUUCGAAAAGUAGCGCGACGUAGUUUCCGAGCGCGAUCAAGUGUUCUCCAGCAUGCUCCAAGAGGAGUAUCGUGCGCGUGGUGAUUCCGAAGAGGUAUCAGAAGGACAUUCGGCUACUGUGAUCCGCGCGGUGAACGAUACCCUCGUAUUGUGAUUCUUUUUGACGGAUCAUCAUACGUCUCUUACCUGUCAGAGGAUACUUUUGACACGAGAGUGUGUGUCGCAGAUAGAUAAAUAUCAUUUUGGUGUAACACGACGUUACCGCGACCGAGAACGAUCUGUUUGACAACGUACAGUGCGUGGAUGAAGAACGUGCGUCGAUGUGUGCUUUCUGUGCUGGGUAAGAGCGAACGAGGAUGAUGCGUGCGAAUUGAUGUAUGUCCGUAGGUGCGACCGUGUGAUAAUUGGGACAUUGGGGCAAAGAGUUUGAUACGGAGGUGUCUCAAGAGGAAAAGGAUCAAACGGAGGCGAAGAAUAUCGGAUAACAGAAGUCACGUGUUGCGUAAACAUUUCAGCGAGAGGCGCGCAAAAUGUUAAUUCGCUACGUCAAGCGGAAAGAAAGCAGGUCGGAUUGCAGGCCAGCAGGGCUGACACCGAGGUAUUAAAACCUGUCGAAUGGAUGUGGGCGAUCUGUCGUCAGAUCCGGCAGGAUUGAUAGGGAGCGGAUCCAUCUCGGUUACAACGGGUGUUGGUAUUAUCGCCAACGCGACAUCCGCCACCCCAGGGUGGUGGACGCCUACGUCGACGAUCACAUCGGCAGCGGCCAACACCGACGUGAUGAAUCAGCUCUGCAGGGUUUGCGGAGAGCCGGCCGCGGGUUUUCACUUCGGAGCCUUCACGUGCGAAGGCUGCAAGUCCUUCUUCGGGCGCACCUACAACAAUCUGGGUAGCAUCUCCGAAUGCAAGAACGGUGGCGUGUGCGUGAUCAACAAGAAGAAUCGUACCGCCUGCAAAGCGUGUCGCUUGCGGAAGUGUCUAAUGGUGGGCAUGUCCAAGUCCGGCUCACGUUACGGUCGGCGUUCCAAUUGGUUCAAGAUACACUGCCUGCUCCAAGAGCAAUCCCAGCAGGCGCAAAAUCGCCUGAUCAAAGACCCCAAGUCCGCGUACGAGAAGGCCUUUGGCUCAUUAGACGCUGCAAAUAACAACAAUAAUAACAACAAUACCGAGAAUGCCAGUAACACUAGCGCCAGUAGUAUUGUCGGUAUUGUCACCACGGCGACCACUACGGCAAACAGUUACCAUCAUCAUCUGCACCACCAUCAUCACUCGGACCGAUUGCCCAAAAGGGAGGACGGUGCCCUUAGGCCACCGGAUAUUCCGGUGCAACUAAGGUCACCGGACAUUCCGCCAAGAACCGGUCAGGAAACGAUUUUGAGGCCUGGCGAUCUUCCAAGGGCUCCGCACGAGAUGCUCAGGCCCGAAGUUUCAAGGUUCCCCAUGUGGCGAGGUCCGCCAUUAUUUCAUCCAGCGCUCACGCAUAUGCAGCUGCUGAACGCGCCGUUCUUUCCGUUUCAGCAGCGCUUUAUUGUACCUUACGUGAAUCAAGUGGGCCCACCUCAGAUGGCGACCAGCCUGUCGAGUUCGUCCAGCGAGAGCGUCAGCCCGCGGUCGACUCCAUCGCCGACGAAGAGAAGCGAGGAGAAUAGGGAGUGUCGCGAGGUUGAUCGUGAAACCGACGAACGAGAUCGAUGUCCGAGAGCGGGUUCGAUAGAGGUCGCGUACGACAAGAAUUUGACCUUCCUGCGAUCCCUCGGGCCAGAGCAGGAGGAACCAAUGGACCUUAGCAUGAAGGAUACACGGACGGAUGGACAGGAGGCGGACGCUGGUAGCAUGGAAGAGGAGGAAGAGAAGUCGAGCGAUAGCGAGGACAACGAGCUCCUGCAAGACACCGGGCCGCCCUUGGACCUCACCCGGAAGACAUGACCUCGGAUAACGAACGAUGCUCGCUAAGCGAUCAACGAGAAUUUGACCCGAGAAGGAUCGCCGCCGAUGUUUACUCGGAAUCCGCAUGGAUGAAAGGUAUAAUGGUUCAGUGUCGCCGAGUAAUUUGCUGGAAGAGAAGUCGGCGAACGGAGUCCCUCCUUCCUCACGAUAAGAGGAAAGAAAUGAACGUUCGAAGGAAAAGACAAAUGGGUGGAAAAAUAACGUAAAAGACGUAAAAGAAAAGGAAAGAUUUAUUGAAGAAGAGAAUGGAGAAGAACGCGCGAAUCACACGAGACGCGAAGGGGGUGAAAGAAGGUACAGUUACAUCGUAAUAAUCUCGCGGCGAGCGAGAAGCACGGCCGAAUGUCAAAGGUGCCUUGGUACAAGAAACGAGACGGCGAUUCAGGGAGAAAGAGAAGUAGCCGAAUACGAUUACGUUGGAAGACACAUGAGGGAAAAGCAGAAAGAGGGAGUGAGUGCGUUCCUACGACACAGGAGAAGAAGAGGUGCCGCGCACAGCCAGCCGGCAUAAACGGCUUUACGAUCGACGAUCGUCCGAUCGAUGAAAAUUGCUCAAGCCGCUCAAGUCGGUAUUAGCCGACACACAGUCCCUUUUGCCCGGUGGUACCCCGUCGGCAGGUGCACACUUGACGAAGCGAACGAGAAUAUAUCGGGCUCACGAUACAUUCUCUUUUGUCGGAGAAAUGUACGACGAACGAAAUGACGGUGACGUCAAACUAUGCGCGACUCGCGAUUCGCACAAAAGUUUCGUAAAUAUUGUGAAUAAGUAGAUUUGAAUGACUAACCACAAAUUGCGAACUGUGUGACGAAUUUCCAUUGGGUAACAAAUCGCGAAUCGUGAAUCGCGCAUGUAAUACUAGCUCGAAAUGGUGCCUUUAAAAAAAUGCGGUGCCUGUAAAAAUCGCCGGUGAUAGUUUAAUGUUAAACAAUAUAUAAUCAUUUGCCGCAGUGUGACGACCACGCUCGGCGGGAUGGCCAGUGAGUGCUUCGCGCAUAUUAUUACCUGCCGACAAAUCGUUCGGCAGGUGUUCGAGGCCCGGGCACCAUUCGAUCCAUUCGCAUUCAUCGAUUCGUCGACGAGAAAGUCGGCGUCAAUGUGAAAAAUCGGAUCGUGAUGACUCGGGCAUCGGAUAAAUUGUGAUUCUUCGGAUUCCAAGUGCUCUUAGUAUAUAACUUAUGUAUAUUUUUCGAAAGGCUUUUCGGACGAACAGGGAUCAUACAAACUCAAGCGCGGGAGGAUCAUUCCAAAAUGCUCCGAUCGUCUACAUCAGCGACACUUGCAGUUGCGCUCAAGUACAAAAAAAAAAAAAGAAAAAUACACGAAAAGAAUAGUUUUGCUGAAGAAUCCAAAAUUUUGACCAAAUACAGAUCUAAAAAUAGUUUUGAUUAACUAUUAAUAGAAUUAUACAAAACAUUCAAAUUGACUACUAGAAUAUCAAAUAAUUUUUUGCAAUUAUCGCCAUGCUUAAGCAACAAAAUUACUACUACAGAUCUGUAUCUGGCGAAAUUUUUAGCAAAACUGUUCUUUCCGUAUAGAAAAAGACACACACGGGAGACAUGUGGUAGCCACGAUCGGACGAUACGCGCGAGGUAUGGGCACCGUUUGAGUGUCCGAGUCGAGAGUACGAAAUGAAAUAAAGAAUAUUGUAUACCUGAAU